UCCCGGGGGGUCCCGGGGGGGGUCCCGGGGGGCUCGGGGGGUCCCGGCGCCCCCCGGGCCGGAGCCAUGGGCGAAUGGACCAUCCUGGAGCGGCUGCUGGAGGCGGCGGUGCAGCAGCACUCCACCAUGAUCGGCAGGAUCCUGCUGACCGUGGUGGUCAUCUUCCGCAUCCUGAUCGUGGCCAUCGUGGGCGAGACGGUGUACGAGGACGAGCAGACCAUGUUCAUGUGCAACACGCUGCAGCCGGGCUGCAACCAGGCGUGCUACGACAAGGCCUUCCCCAUCUCGCACAUCCGCUACUGGGUGUUCCAGAUCAUCCUGGUGUGCACGCCCAGCCUCUGCUUCAUCACCUACUCCGUGCACCAGGCGGCCAAGCAGCGCGAGCGCCGCUGCUCCUUCCUGGCGCCGCUGCUGGAGCCGCGCCGGCACGGGGCGGACGGAGCCGCGCCGGCCCCGGCGCCGCGGCACGAGCCCGAGGUGGGCACGGGCACGGGCACGGGCACGGCGGCACCGGCACGGCCGCCCCGCAGCGCCAAGGCCAAGCGCCAGGAGGGCAUCUCCAGGUUCUACGUCAUCCAGGUGGUGUUCCGGAACGCGCUGGAGAUCGGUUUCCUGGGCGGGCAGUACUUCCUCUACGGUUUCAACGUGCCGGCCAUCUUCGAGUGCGACCGCUACCCGUGCGUCAAGGAGGUGGAGUGCUACGUGUCGCGGCCCACCGAGAAGAGCGUCUUCCUGGUGUUCAUGUUCGCCGUCUCGGGCGUCUGCGUGCUGCUCAACCUGGCCGAGCUCAACCACCUGGGCUGGCGCAAGGUGCGCGCCGCCGUGCGCGGGGCCCGCGCGCGCCGCAAGAGCCUGAGCGAGGCGCGGCGCAAGGAGCCGGCGGCGCCCGCGCCCGCGCUGGGCAGGACGCAGUCCAGCGAGUCGGCCUACGUGUGAUGGGGUGGGAUUGGGAUUGGGAUGGGAUCGAAAUUGGGAUUGGGUUUGGAUUGGGAUGGGAUCGAAAUUGGGAUUGGAUUGGGAUGGAACCGAAAUUGGGAUUGGGAUGGAACGGGAUCGGAGCCCGCGCUGGGCAGGACGCAGUCCAGCGAGUCGGCCUACGUCUGACGGGGUGGGAUUGGGAUUGGGAUGGGAUUGGGAUUGCGUUUGGAUUGGGAUGGGAUGGAAAUUGGGAUUGAGAUGGGAUCGAAAUUGGGAUUGGAUUGGAGCCCGCGCUGGGCAGGACGCAGUCCAGUGAGUCGGCCUACGUGUGAGGGGUGGGAGUGGGAUGGGAUUGGGAUUGGAUUGGGAUGGGAUCGAAAUUGGGAUUGGGUUUGGGAUGGGAUCGAAACUGGGAUUGGAUUGGAGCCCGCGCUGGGCAGGACGCAGUCCAGCGAGUCAGCCUACAUGUGAUGGUCUGGGAGUGGGAUUGGGAUUGGGUUUGGAUUGGGAUGGGAUCAAAAUUGGGAUUGGGAUAGAACGGGAUCGGAGCCCGCGCUGGGCAGGACGCAGUCCAGCGAGUCGGCCUACGUGUGACGGGGUGGGAUUGGGUUUGGAUUGGGAUGGGAUCGAAAUUGGGAUUGGAUUGGAUCAGGAUUGGGUUUGGAUUGGGAUGGGAUCGGGAUCAGAGCCCGCGCUGGGCAGGACGCAGUCCAGCGACUCGGUUUACGUGUGAUGGGGCUGGGAUUGGGAUGGGAUUUGGGUUUGGAUUGGGAUGGGAUUUGGGUUUGGACUGGGAUGGG